UUCCCCACCAGGUGUUGCUGAGUAACCUGGUAGUUUCAACUUCGAGAUAGUUUUUGAUAGAAAGCUAGCGCUAAAUGGAUGGCUGUGCGGUGCCGCGUAGGCGUUCGGGCAAACGUGGCUCUCAUUUGGGAAGGCGAAUUUGCAGAACAGCUUGGUCAGAGUUGGUGUCUCAACACUUCAUACCUUUUUAUGAUGCAUCUCACCUGGGACUGUGAAAUGUACCUUUUUAAGCUAAAGGGACAUGGAAGCAAUCCCAGGCAGUUUGUAAACGGCUCAUGCAGGUUUGGUCCACACUGCUCUUAUCUGCAUGAAUAUCCUGCCGUGCCUUUAGUUCAGGUGUGCAGGUACUUCCAGAAAGGAGGCUGCUGGUUUGGUGAGAACUGCAGGUAUCUUCAUAUUGCUGGACCGGACAGUGGUGCUUCUGGUGCCAGGCGUGGUUCGGCACCUGUAGUUAAUGCUUCAUUGCCAGGUCACGUUUCAGCUGAUCGUUGGGGUUCUGAGCCAUCACUUAAUGCGCCUGGUGCAUAUAACUGGAGACGAGCUUCCGAACCAUUGGUCACAAGCUUGAGCUACCAGCAGACUUCACAACGUCCAACUACAGGUAUUGCUGAGGAGGAAGAGCAUGCGGUGUUGGAAGCAGGGUCUAUACUUCCCCAGCAGGAGGAGGGAUUGCAGCCACAGGAAAGUGAUGGCCUGGGACCCCGUUUACCCUGUAAUAGUGCAGAUGAGGCUACAGUUAAUGCUGCAUCUGAUGAGGCUACAGUUAAUGCUGCAUCUGAUGUUCAAGAGAAAACUGAUUCUAAAACAGACCAGCAGGGAGUCCCACUGUUGGAGAGUGGUGCAACAGCUUCAGUUGCUCAGGGACAAUCUGAGGCCUACAAUCAAAGCAAAGAUGUCUUCUGUGGAAUCUGCAUGGACAAGGUUUAUGAAAAGGGCACCGUGCGAGAGAGGCGCUUUGGAAUCCUGCCCAACUGCAGUCAUGCCUUCUGUCUCAGCUGCAUCAUGACCUGGCGAAAAACCAAAGACUUUCAGGAAGAGGUUAUCAAAGCCUGUCCACAGUGUCGAGUCAAGUCCCCUUUUUACAUUCCCAGUAAGUACUGGGUUUGUGAGGGGGAGCCAAAGGAAGCACUGAUUGCUUCAUUUAAAGAAAAGAGCAGCAAAAUAAAAUGCAAUUUCUUCAUGCGUCAUGGAUGCUGUCCUUUUGCAUCAGAGUGCAUCUUUAGCCAUGAGCUACCACCUGGACAUCGACUUCAUCGUAGAUGCUUUAGACCCAAGAAUGCUUUGGAGUUGCUGGAGGAUAUGGAUGAUGAGAACCAGCGCCUCUUGAGCUACCUCAUUGCCCUGACCCUUUUGGAUGAUGAGGACUUUGAUUUCAUCCAGUUUGAGCUUGUUUGAUACAUGGGCAAAGCUUUGGAUACUAGGUCCUAGAGGUCAUUAACUUGUGUAAUUGAUGGCAUGUAUCACAAAAUUGAGUUUAAGCAUGGUGUAUACAGACCUCUUGCAUCCCAAUGUACUAAACUGUUUGAGCCACUGUAUGUUGUCCAAUCUUGUCUCCAUCUGGAUUUGUUUUUGUUUUUUUUUGUUUGGUGGGGGGACACUUUAAAAGUAGCUAUGCUUUUUCUCUUGGCAGUAGUCUAAAUGUUUUUGUAGCUUUAUUAAAAAAGGCCAAAAAUAGUUGUAUUUGAAUUAAUACUUGUUUAUGUACUGUUCUCAAUGAGUGCUUCAUGGUAAUUGUACAUUUAUUUCAAGAAUGGAUUUUAAUGAUGCAAGUCUUUGGUUUUAUUUUUGAAUCAAGCCAGGGUGCUCAAAUCCAGUCUUGGAUAGCUGGGUCCAGCAUAACUUGGUAACUUGUGUAUUUGUACCUGGUUACCAGUUUAUGUUGGCAUGAGAAUUGAUCAUUGGUGCUGGACAUCUGGAUUGGAUUUGGUAACCUCUGGCCUGAAAUCACUCAGUCAUGUUACUCCUGUUAAACCAAACACUGUUCGCUUAUUUGACUGUUGCAUUAGCCUGAGAUUGCGCAAAUGUAACCUGUUGACUGGCUUCUGGAAACUGUUGUACCUGCCAGUGCUGCAAUAUACACCAAGGCUUGGCAUUGCAUUUUAUGACUUUUAUUGUUUGAUCAAAGGGGUGAAAAAAAAGAAUAAAGUGUUUGGUUUGCCUCA